CCAACCGUUCGCAUAGAGUAGGUACCUAAUAGUGCCUGCUUAGCUUUACGCUGCUUUUCGUGUGAUUCAUAAAUUUAUCGAAGCCGUAGCCGCUAAUUAAUUACUUGUUCUAGUUUGUCUAUCCAUGUGACGUUAUUAAAAGUUAUUUUAUUCGAAGCCACAUACAGUAGGUUUGCUGAUUGUUGGAGGAAAAAAGGAUGGAGAAUUUGAGCGGUAGUGGAAGUCAAUCGAGUUCCGUUAGUGAGCUCGAAAAAGAUUUUAAUGAAAUAUUGCAAAACAGAAAAAACCGCCGUAGUAUAGUUGUUCGAACGUCAGCUUCUCGAAAAGCAAAACGAGUAAGGUUUUUUCGGAACGGUGACAAGUUCUACUCGGGAGUUAUAAUUCCAGUCUUGCCUGAAAGAUACAGGUCUUUUGAUAGUUUAAUAGCAGAUUUGACAAGAGUAUUAGUGGACAAUGUAACAUUGCCUAGUGGUGUCCGGACAAUAUAUGCUUUAGAUGGUAAAAAAAUAGGAAAACUCGAUGACCUUGAAGAUGGCCAAUCCUAUGUGUGCAGUGGAUUUGGAGAACCAUUCAAACGAUUGGACUAUGAAGCCAGUGCUGUGACUCCACAAUCGUUUAGAUUAAGUGGUCCCGAAUCACCUAGUGACCUGAAUCUAAGUGUAAAAGCUACCAACAGAUAUUCCCGAUGUAUCCAGGCAAACGGCGCGCUAGCUGCCAGCAACGGGACCGCGCGGGUCAGUCCGGUUCCUUCGGAAACCGUGAUUCGAUCACGUAUUGUAACCAUCAUAAGGAACGGAGUAAAGCCACGCAAGGUAUGCAGACUGUUGCUAAACAAGCGCAACAGCCCGACACUAGAGCAGGCAUUGGCAUCCAUCACCGACUGCGUGAAACUGGACACGGGGUGCGUUCGGAAAGUCUUCACGCAGUCCGGAACUCCCGUCACCGCAUUGCACCAGUUUUUUCAAGGCGAAGACGUGUUUUUUGCAUACGGAAAUGAAAGGGUAAAUCAGGAAGACUUUGAACUCGAAUUUGAAGAAAGUAAAGCUGUGCUACAAUGCAGAAAGACGCCCAUUACCAGAACUACAAGGAGAGGCCCGUCACCGCGCAUGCCAAACAAGGCUGGCGGGGUAAGCCGCAAGGUGGAGACGGGCGAAACGCCCGACGAUGCGCCCAUUACCAUCGACCUGUCGCUUAUGCCGCAGCCUCUAAGGCUCAAGUACAACAUAGGGGACAUCGUAGGCGAAGGCAAUUUUGCAGUAGUGCGCAUUUGCAAUAACAAAACGACUGGCCAAAAGUAUGCUCUGAAAGUAAUAGACAAGCUAAAAUGCAAGGGCAAGGAGCAUUAUGUAGCAGCAGAGGUCCGAGUGAUGCGAAAGCUGUGUCAUCCGCGUAUCGUCACGCUGUAUGACCAGUUUCACACGCCGGAAUGGCUUUUCCUUGUACUGGAGUUAGUUAGCGGUGGCGACUUAUUUGACAACAUCACCGCCGCCGGUGUGUUCUCGGAAGCGCAGGCCCGCUUGCUGAUCAGCCACCUAACAUCCGCCAUAGCGUAUAUACAUUCGCUCUCGAUUGUACAUCGCGACAUAAAACCUGAAAAUCUAUUAGUGGAGAUAGCCCCAGACGGCACCAUACGAGGCCUAAAGCUCGCAGACUUCGGUCUAGCCGUCGAGGUCACGGGGCCACUGCGCGCCAUCUGCGGUACGCCCACCUACGUCGCCCCUGAGAUCCUCUUGCAAACUGGCUACGGCUUAAAGAUCGACGUAUGGGCGGCGGGCGUGAUCCUAUACAUCCUGCUGUGCGGUUUCCCUCCGUUCUCGUCCCCCAACGGCGACCAGGAGCGGCUGUUCGACGCGAUCCUGUCCGGGCGGCUGGAGUUCCCGGCGCAAUCGUGGAAGCACGUGUCGUCCGGCGCCAUCGACCUCGUGGCCAACAUGCUGCGCCCGCAGCCCGAGCUGCGCUUCGCGGCCGAGGACGUGCUCGAUGACGCGUGGAUGUCGGAGGACUACGACGGGAACAGCGACUCGGGGCUGUGGCAGGACGUGGACUCGUCAUAGCGCGGCGCCGGCGCCGCACCGCGCUCGCGCGCCCCUCGCUCCCUGUAGUGCAGUCCCGGGCUCUGAGCCUCACGGCGAUCAUAUCGUAAAUAUCAAACGGCUAAAUUCCACCUCCUCCUACUUGUACAAUUAAACUUGUAAACAUGCAAAACGACAGCCAUUUACUAAGUAGAGCAGCAGACACGACGGCAUAUAUUGUGUGGCAUUGCUAAACACAUUUUACUGUACAUUUAUAUUCAUACCUCUCCGUUGCUCGCUCACACAUAUAUUGCUGUCGCAUAUGACCAUCUUUAUUAGCGGCUGGCUGCAGUUGUACAUUUGCGCGCGAGUAACCCAGACAGCAAGACAUCAUUGAGCAAUAUACAAAAUUCUCCUUGCUCUGCGACUGCCCUUUACUUACCAACACACGUAGAAGUAAAGUUAUCACGUUGUAGUGAGGCCAACCAGGGCAUUUUCAUUUAGUCAUGUACCUUAUUCAGUCGGACUAUAAGACGUUACGUCUCAAUAUAAGACGGACUUUUAAGUAUACUUGAGUUAAAUAGAGGAUGUCCACUAAUGUGGUCAGUUAAUGUUGCCAUUAAAUCAUCAAUAAGUGAUGGCCGGCCGGGACGGGGCAGCCGCGUCACGUGUCACAUCCUUAAUUGUUUGUUGUUUGUAUGACGUCGGUUGAAAAUAAAAACUCAUUAGCCAAUCAGUCACUGUGGUAAAUACCUCGUGAAUACCUCGCAAUGCAUCAACAUGUGACACGAAUUUACUUUAAGAGGAAAGGGUGUGAUCGAUUCUCCAUACAAACGUAGUAACGAGAAAUUAAUGGUCUGAUUGGAUGAAAUUUAUCUUAUUCAUUGUAAUUUGUAUUAAUUACACGAACGAACAAACAAAUCGGUUAAAAACCGACUAUUAUUGAUCCAGUUGAUCACUUUAAGGCAGUUUACUGGAACACGGAAUGCUGUAACUAUUUAUUAAAUUACUAUUUAUACUGUUUUUAUUAGUGUUGAGCUUGACAAAAUUUUGGUGGUAACUCCUGGGAAAUAAAAUUCCCACCUUUCACCAGUGGUAACUACUGGAGAAAGAAAAUCCCAGUAGUUACCAACAACACGGUUUGGUUCGGUUAGGUGGUAACUACUGGGAUAUUUUUUUACCACUACCACUAGUAAAAGGUGGGAAAAAAACCAGGGGCCCAUUUCUCGAGCGAUAUUAGACUAAUAUUAUUAGUGUGUUGCUAUGGGGACUCAUACGAUUUGACAGUUCGUGGACUAAUAAUAUUAGUAUAAUACCUUUCGAGAAAUGGGCCCCUGUACUUACACUGGUAAUAACUUGGUGGUAACUAGUGGGAAUAACCCAAAAAUAUUUUCAAUCAAGCUAAGAUCCAGAGAGGAAAAUGGGGACUACGUUAGUAUGGAAAUGCGGUUUCGAGGCGGUUGUCCCUUUCGUCUUAAGGUUAUAACAUUUUUCGCAUUUGCUUGUUAGUGUUGAUAUCUACCGACGGGCUUAUUUUUAACAUCUUGGUGGUAUUUAGAGAAUGUAAAAGAACUAUUGGUGACAAAUGUGAAUCCAUUUUAUCCUAAUUUACUGUUUAGUUUGUAAACUUUGCCAUGUUUGAUAUUUACCGUAUUUAUCGUCGUGGGCGCGUUCGGACUAGCCCCGCGUAUAUUAUAAGCGCUGUAUGCAAGGCAAUAUUAGGCAUUUAUGGAACUAACAAGUUUCGGUACCUUUAGAAUUUUUAGAUACAUAUUUACACUUAUAUAAACAUGAAUAGUGCUAAAAGGUGAAAGAAAAUUUUUAAAUAACCCUGGAUAAUCACGCACAUCGAUGCUACAAGCAUAUUUUGCAAGUUGGCUCUAGCUCUACGGAUACAGGCGUGGUUUAUCAACUCAUCAGUACUCUAUAGUGUAGUGUUAACUUCUGCGAAGAAUAGUCCCGCUAAUUUUAGUUAGAACUUGCAGGAAAACAAAUGCUCUAUUGUAGUUCCAACAAUAAAACUACCGGGAAUAGACAUGAAGAGCAGCUGCCCGGGCUUCGCUUAUACAGCCUUGAUAACCGCUGGGGAGCCCUAUAGGCUGAAAAUAAUAAUUCAUAACACCAAUACCAAAGUUACUUCUAAUAUAUUAUCAAUAUCCAUUUUUAACUUUGAAUGUUGGUAUGGAAAUAAAGUUUUCUGGGCGUGUUAUAUAUGCUACUAAUGUGAUAUAACCAAGUCCGAAUAAUUUUGCCAGUUUUUAAAAAACGGAUUAAUAAGUCACCUGCAAAAGUAACUAAAUAGACGAAAAUACGCACCCGACUGUAUUGUACCAACACCGACAAGACCUAGUGCACAUUAGUUGAAGCACGCCGCUCGGGGACAUAUCUGCUCGUGACUGUAAGCACCGCACCUCCUUAGUGUUAAAGAGCCCCAUGUCCUUAAUAAAUUGACACGAACAACUUACAUAUUAGGUCUCUACAAGAUACAUUAUUUUUAUUUAUUAUAGUAUUAACAUGGCCAAGUAAUGGGCCUUGGGCAGAAACAAACUUGUCAUAUAAUAAAACACAUGCGUAUAUAGAUAGUCCAUGACCUAGCCUUAAUGUAAGUACGCGUUUUAGUCGAAGGAAUUAAUAAUAUUUUUGGUGGAUGUUAGCAUAUAUCCGUCUAUGUCAGAAAGUAUUAGAGGAGCUUUGCUUGUCUCUUAGGGCCUACUUUAUUCGCCAAAGGUGCUUUAACUUGUAAAAGUGGUUGAACCAUAUUUGGAUAAGGUCUUGCUCAGUGGGUUUAAAAGACUCUUUAUUUCGUGAUAUUUCAAGAUAACAAUGCCAAAAGCUUACGUCAUUGUUUUCAUUUCAAAUUGUAAUUAGAUAUAUUAAUAUACGUAAAAUAAAAUGAACUAUGCACUAGUAUAUAGUGACGAAGUACGGCGUGACGAACAAAGGAAAAACACUCGUGACGUUAAAACCCCUAAUAUGCAAAAUAUUGUAUGCUUAUUAUUGCUAAAAUUAUAUUUAAACAAAUAUAACCAAAUGAAGGCUAGAUAGCACGUGGAUGAAUGGAUGGUAAUUCAUGAAUAAAAGUCUGAUAACAUUUGGUAGCAUUUAACGUAUGACUGGGCUAUUAUUAUUUUAUUAAUAUUUAUCAGGCCCACUUGCGCCAUCCCACUAACCCGAGGUUAAGCAGUUAAACCGUUAACCAAGUGUCAAAUUGUACUGGUAACCAUAGUAACUCCAGGUUUAACCGGUUAACCCCGGGUUAGUUGAAUGGUGCAAGUGGCGCUUAAUGACAUGCGCAAUCUUUAUUGUCGUUUUAGAUAACUAAUGAAUUUAUCAUACUGGAGGUGUUCUGCAGACUGCAGUGUGCAGUCGAUGCUGGCGGUGAGACGGAAUGACACUGGUUUUCAUUAUUGGAGUUGUCCAAACAUUACACACAGCUCCAGUAUGUUAAAUAUGACAUGUUAACAUUAUCAUGAAUAGUAUCUCUUACAAGAAAGGUUAAAACUGUAUGAUGAAGUUAAUUACACAAAUAUUAUAGUGAACCGACAGCUUGUCAAACAUGUCCUUGUGUUUUUAAUUGAUUUUUGUAUGAUAUAAAAAAAAUGGUUUAGAUUAUUAUAAAAUUGAAGACUUGUAUUAUUCGGAAUGUGCUGGAGUUAGCUAUAAUAUUUCAUAGGGAAAUAUUGGCUACUGUUGGCUCACUGUAUUCGUUUUAGAAACAACGUAUACGUAUACGUGUGCGGUUUUAUUGUAUACUGUAUGUUGUAUGAUUGAUAACAAAUGAAAAAUAUAUACCUAGAUUUAUAUAAAUUUUAAUAUAAAUAAUAUUUAUGAAACAAUGAUUUAUUUUAUGAAAUUAGUCUAUUCAAUUUUUUUCUUAUUAGUGUGCAUAAAAUAUAAUAAUUAAGAGUGUAGCCUGCUGAAUAGUUUAAUAGUUUGGUGCAGAAGUAAGCUUAUAUUAGAUGGUAGGUAGGUAUAUUAUAUUAGGGGAUGACUGCAGGGGCAGUUCGACGCAAACAACAUGGAAGAGUCAGUCGAGAGCAUCUCGCACGGAAGCGUGUGCCAAAUUUAGUCCACUCAUCAUUCAUUAGAUCAAAUCAAUCACAAAGAUGACACUCGAAUAAUCGUAAUCUGAUGGAAGUUUCAUUCAGUAUAGUGUGACAAAGGCAUUUUAAAACGAGACUUGGAAGAAAUGCUAACUAGAACUACCAGUGAGAGUAUAAGUAUCAAAUAUGAUUUUGUAUUUUGGUAUCAGGCAAAUAAAAAUGAUUGUAUUGGCCUGCGUUGCGAUAUAUGGAUUUUGGUGUUGAAUGUUUUUGUUUUUAUUUUAUUUCUAAUAUUAAUGAUCAAUUAGUUAUCAUAUGAAUUUAUAAAACGCAAUGUCCUAAUGAUGUUGAAUAUUGUGACAUGACUAUAUAAAAGAAUUUUUUUGCACUACGCACUAAAACUAAUUAUAAGUAUUAUUACAGAACCAGUAAAACUAGCAAUGCGUGCGUAGAAAGUCUAAGUGCCAGUUGCACCAUCCGCACUUAACAGACUGAUCAACGUCACCCGGCGCGCCGCGGCGCGGCGGUUCACUAUGAAGCUAUUCAUACAAUAACAUUGAGCGAACUCUUUAACGAUGACAAACAGUUUGGUGCAACCGACCCUAAGUAACAUAAAUUCUUUAUAGCAGUCUUCAAAAUAAAAAGCCAUUCCCAAGCGUUUUAGUAAACGUUAAUUUGCAUUAGUAAUAACUAUCGCACUCGGCGACUUUUUGCAGCGAUACAGCUAGGGGCCCUUUUUGUCAUUUGAUUAUUAAUAAGAUCUAUAAGGAUAACUUUAUGCGUCACUGCUAAAUUGACGCCACAGUAAAGAAAAGUAGGUGUUAAAUUGCAAAUGUAGCGUACAUU